AUGAGUAAAUUCAACUAUGUUUUCAAGCCUUUGUUCAUUGAUACUUUUGAAUAUAGCUAUAUGGAUGGAAAGACUGAGAAGUCGUUUACAAUAAAAACAAAAACCUCUGGUAGAGAAGAGAAGAGUGUAAUAUAGAAGAGCGAACCUAUUGCCCAAUUUAACAAUGAAACCAUUAAAAAGAGUCAUAAGAAAGCUCGAACAAGCAGAUAAAUGAAAUAAUCCUCUAAGAGUAGAAACUAUACAAUAAAUUCUAAUACUCCUAAAAAUGGAAUUAGGUAGAUUGAAAGUAGGAUAGAGGAUGAAUUUGAAAUUUCAGGUAGGAGAAACUCAUUUGAUAAGAGAUGUACUAACAAACCUCAAUUAAAUUAUCUAAAUUUUAAUAUAGCAAUUAUGAAUGGGUAAACAAGCAAUUUAUUUCCAAGAACAUAAGAAUUAAUAAAUAGGGACAAUAAAAUUAUGAGGAGAAAGACUGUUGAAACUUCUAAAGUCCCCACCAUUACAGAAAAUGAGAUUUAAUAAUUUGAACGUUUAGAAAAUUAACAUCCUUAAGAUAUCAAAGAAAAGGUUGGUAGGAUGUUUGCAAUUAGUAAAAGGUGCACAACUACAUAUAAUCCAAUAAGAAAGAAAAGCAAGGAGAGGGAGGCAUUUACAAGAAACCUACAAUUUCUCGAAGAAUCUUUUCAACAAUCAGUGGCUCCAGAGAAAAAACUAUAAGCAGUCAUAUAAUAAUAUUUUGAUAAGAAAAAAUCAUUUUUAGAAGAGAAGGCAAAGGAAGAAGAAAUUUAAUUAAGAGAAUUAUCAGAAGAAACCUCUAGGAUUCGCUCGGGUUAAAGCAAAAUGAGGAUAUCAACAACUUUUUUAAAAAGAUUCAUCCAUUAAGUUGAGAAGGAUAAAUAGAAAAAUAAUGAAUAAUAAAUAGAAACUCAAAAGAGUUUUAUUUAAUCAAUUAAAUCAUCGUAGAUAAAUAAAAGAAGAUAGAAUGCUAUAUAUAGCGGACAAGUACAAUCGUUAUUCAAAAAGAUGUUUCAUUUAAUUGUUGAUUGCGUUAAAAAGAUGAAAUAAAUGAAACUUACAAUAAAAGAAUUAUUCCAACAUGGAGUGAUUUAAAAGAAACCUUAUGAAAGAGAAGGAUCUUUUUAGUUUUUUGAAGCUGUUGAACUCAACAACUAUGGUCUCAUUACUUUUAUGCUCCAAAAAUGCAGAUAUUAUGCCUUUGACAUUAAUGAAUAAGGACAAAAUCCUUUACAUGUGAGUUCAACACUAGGACAUUAUGCAAUAACCUAAAAAUUGCUAUAAUGUGGGUCCUAUCCUGAUUCAUAAGAUCUCAAUGGCUAUUCUCCACUCUAUUAUGCUGUUUAAUCCCAAAAUAUCUAAAUAGUCUAAGUGUUACUAUACUAUAAUGCUAAUCCUUGGUCAAAUAGUAAAUAUAAACUGGAGAGUCAAAAUGCUGAAAUAGGGAGGUUGUUGAAAUAAUCGAGAAAAAUUCAUUUAUUACUUUUAUUAACCAGACAUCCAGAUAGAGAACAGAUAUGGAUCGAUUCAAGAGAAUCUUUGUUAUCUUGA